CUCUAAUGUGUGUUUGCGGAAUGCCAAAAUACAAUAGAAGAAGAAGAAAGAAGGCGUGGCCAUUGAGCACGGGUAGUGUGUCUGCGUACUGUAGUGAGAGGGCCUUUUAGUUUUUCAUUAUCUUCGAAGAGCGUUGUCUCGGCAAAGAAAAAUGAACGGGCUGGACGAGGAACAAAUGGGACCACAGACCUUUCUCUAUGGUGAGAUACUCUCUAUUUGAAGUAACAUAAUUCGUUUUUUUUUUUUCCGGAAUAACUUGAAUGUAAUAAAUAGAUCAGCAAGCUAGCUAUUGUAGAUAAAAGGGGGAAAAAAUUGUUCCCCAGACACACGAGGUACAGCCAGCUAAUGUUAGCACAAUUAGCUAACUUUAGAGCUACAACUAGUGGUAAUGGGAGCAUGUCGGAGUUUCAACAACUUAUGGUCUAAAUACCGUUACAUAACACUAUUUGGGAAUGGAAAGGACUUACCCAAGUUUAGCCACGAGAUAUCAACUUAGCUAACGUUAGCCACCUAGCCGGUAGUUAGCAUAGGUGAGCUAAUUUUAGUUAGCUAGCCAUCCUAGCUAGUUAGACAAGCAUAUUGAGACCACAUUUGGUGAGUUAUGUUUUGAAGGUCUCGGUGACCUGGUCGAUUUUGUAUUUGUUGUAACGUUAACUGAGCCAGACUGAUGGACAUUAGCUUCUCACUGGCUAGGUACCCCUCCAUGCGUGUCAAAUUGCUCAACACGUGCUUUAUUUAAAGAUGGCGCACAAGGCCUUCUAGAAAAUGUCAAUGCAGCACAACACGAUUUUUGUGAACAUUGCCCAAAUUACACUAGCUUCUCACUGGCUAGGUACCACUCCAUGCGUAUAAAAUUGUUCAACACGUGCUUUAUUUAAAGAUGGCGCACAAGGCCCUCUAGAAAAUGUCCUUGCAGCGCAAACCGAUUUUGUGAACAUUGCCCAAAUUACUAGUGUUGGCUAAAGUUAUGUUUAUCUAUAAUUAUUCCACUUUAUGAAAGUAGUAUAUGAAGUGCAUUGAUGAUGACAUGCUUUGUCAGUGAUUUGGGGUUAACUGUUUCAGAUUAAAAUUGAUUGGACAAACACAUUUGAAAUAAAAUGUGGCAUGUGAUGUCUUUAUAAAUUGUGUAGUUCAGCGACCCAAAUUAUUAUGUUGGUUAAUAGCCUGUCUACCUACCUAAAUUAGUUGGCUAGCUAGUUUCAUUGACAACAUGGUCAGGGUGCAGUGUUCUUUCAACCACGUGGGUUGGUGACCCACAUGUUUGCCUCACCUCAGUCGACCUUUUAAGGAGAUGUCCAGGGUAGGCAACCUUAUUUGCACAGGACCGGUUUGGAUGCAGGCUUGUUUCUCAGCCAAAGCAGAAACCAAACUGAUUUAAACAUAUCAGUCUUCAACUGAGUCUUUUUUUUGUCAGCUAUUUAACUGUCUAGAAAAGCCUGAAACUACACUAUGGCAUCCCACAAGUAUGUGUUGCGCACCCCAACGUAGGAUCCUUUUGUUGAUAGCAAUGCAUUUUCUCUUAUGUAAUAUACCCUUUUUCUCAACAGGGUGCGAGUUGAAAUCUGGGAAGGAUGUAGUCUUCAACCCAGAAGAAGAUGACUUUGAGCACCAGCUGGACUUAAGGAUGGUGAGGGUUACUGAUAUCUCCUUUCUAUGGAAUAAAAUAUUAAUUUCUUUCUGGUUAUCCAUUUUUCCUCCUAGGUAUGUUAAAGUAUUUCUGAACUUGGUGUCUCUUGUUGAUUGCUCUUAGCUGUGUGUGGACCUCAGCACCAAGGAUGAGCUGCACAUCGUGGAGGUGGAAGGACAGGACACGGAGGGUCAGAAGGUUAAGGCUGUGCUGGCUUCACUCAAACCGUCCACCCUGCCAAGUGUGAGUAGUCAGAGUAUCAUCAAUACUUCUGUGCCAUCCCUGAGUGGGAGAUUGUGGUUGUAUGGCCUGUGUAGAGUUCAUGUUAAGUAAAGAGUUAAUUGUGUGCUGCAGGUGUGUCUUGGUGGAUUCGCAAUCACACCCCCAGCAGUUUUCCGUCUCAAGGCUGGUUCCGGGCCAAUCCACAUCAGUGGCCAGCACCUUGUCAGUGAGUAUAACUUUAUCCUAGGACAGUGUUGCCAUGGCAUCUGUUGUCGAAGAUGAUAUUUGUUGAGCUGAUUUACUGAAGCUUUUUCAACACUGCUUACCAAAAGACUGAGACUGAAGAUGGCCAUUGACUUUUCUGAGUGAUUUUAGCCUUUUUGAGGAUGCCGUAUCCUAUAUACUCAAAGUUAACAUAAAUUGUUAUUCCACCAGUGAUGGGAGGAGACCAGUCUUUUGAUGAAGAUGAUGAAGAGGAAGAUGAAGAAGAGGUACAAACGUCCAAGAAAAGGCCCGCAUCAGCACCGGCACUUAAAUCUCAGGUUAGUCCCGACUACUGGCUGGAAAGUCGCUGUUGUCACAAUGUACAUAUCUGCUGCAUUACUAUCGCGUUGGCCUCUGUAGUCAAAGAUGAUAUUUGUUGAGCUGAUGAUUUACUGAAGGAUUUUCAACACUGCUUACCAAAAGACUGAGACUGUAGUCGGCCACUCCCAUUUCUUAGAGAAUGUUCUCCAGUCUUUGCUCUUGCUACACACAUCCUCACUUCCAUGUCCUUCCCUUUCACCCUUCACAGAAAAAGAUGAAGAUGGAUGUUGAUGACGAGGAUGAUGACGAUGAGUAAGUGUAAUGUUUGACUUAGCUCCUCGCUGAGGUUUUAUAAAAAAGUUGAGUUGUAACAUGUGACACCUCUUUAGGGAUGAGGAUGAAGAGGAGAGUGAGGCUGAAGAAUCUCCUGUUAAGGUGAGUGUGUUUUAUUUAAGCCUAUACUCAUUCUACCCUUGAAAGCGAAGAAAAUGUCACAUGAAACCUCUGUUUUUCUCAGGCUAAGAAGAUUCCGUCCAAACCUCAAACUCCUGCCCACAAUGGAAAGGGCCCUAAAGGUAACACACCAGCCGGAAAACAGGUUAGUCCUCUUACGCAUCUUCUGCCCUACUAUCACAUGGCGUCUAGUUGAAGAUGAUAUUUGUUGAGCUGAUGAUCUACUGACGCAUUUUCAACACUGCUUACCAAAAGACUGAGACUAAAGAUGGCCACUUAACAUUUCUGAGAGCAUUAAUGUAGUGAUCUAUGUAUGUCAUGUUACAUGUCUUGUCUAACAAUUUGUCUGAUUUUCACAGGCAAAGACCCCUGGCGGCAAGGGUGGACAGACUCCUAAAAAUGGACAGACCCCCAAAGCAACACCCAAAACUCCCCUGACCCCCAAACCAAUCCUCACCGUCCCUGAGCUCAAGGCCAAGAUGAUGGCGACUGUGGAGAAGGUUGUUGGAUUAUGAGAAAUGUCAUGAUGAGUUGAUUUUAUCUGAUGUUUGCUAAAGAACUGUUAACCCGAAAGACUGGCCUAACCCAAGUGUAUGAAGUGGUAUAGGGACACAUCUGAAUACCUAUACUAAUGUCAAGUCUUGCUAUUUCAGGGAGUGAAGUUGCCUAAACUCCAGCCCAAGUUUGAGAGCUUUGUGAAGAACAGCUACAGAGUCACAGAAACCAAGGUGUGUUAAUGCUGCUCAGGGGACAUCAUGACAUUUGUCAAGAACACAGAUUCAAUUGAAUGUUUGGGAAAGUGACAACCAUAGUGCUGUCAGCGAAUCAAAGCAUCCGUGAAGAGCAAUGAAGACUAAUUUGGUUUUGAUCAGCAAUGAGAAAAACACACCAAUACCUCUAAGAAGUUCUGAGCUCACUAAUGACAUGUUUUCUGACAAUUACACAAUUGUGAUUAUACUUUAGUAAAUGUUUUCCCCAAUCUUUUUCAGACCAUAGAGGAACUGUGGAAGUGGAGACAAACUGUGGAAGACAGCAAAUAACUUUUUUUGUUUAACCUUUUUUGGGGGGGAUUACUUUUGCCAUCUCACCCAUUCCCCCCCACCCCCCAAACACUUUCCUACUCUGCCCUCUCCUGACCCUUCCCAUGUCUGAAUCGAUGCCUUGUGCGCUGUUACUCUAAACUGCUGCAGCAUUUAGCCUGUCCAGUGCCCUGCUGUGGCACACAGACUAGUGUGGAGCUAAUAGGACUCAGCCCCAUCAUCCCUGGCCCUUCCAGAAUCCUCACCCUCUCAAAGAGGACGGGAAGGGUGAUACUAUUCCAGCUUUCAUGUGGAUGGACCUGGGAAAACCCACUUGGAACUUUGCAUUUUGUAAAUGAAAUCCUUGCUACGGUGUUGUACGUAGCAUUUUGAAGUCUGGUCAGUUGGUGUCCGAGAACUGUUCCUCUGGCAUUUUGGAAGAUAUAUGUUCCUUUUGAAUUCUUUAAAAGAUGGGUAAAGUGAAAUGACGACCGUUCCAUGUCAUCCGUAAGGUGUUGAGUUUGGGGAUACUUGUCCUUCCCUUCCAGAGGGUAGGCUCCUAAAGGUCUGCGACAUUAACAUUUGGCCAAGCAUUUUAUUCAUUUAACUGUUCAAAGGUUUUAAGUAAUUCUCACAAGUUUAUAUUUUUUGCAGUAAGGGUAGAGUAAAGCAGCUAAUUCACCGGUGACAUGAAUGUCAUUUGAAAGUAACAUAUUCCUAUUUGUAUCAUACCUGCUUUGUGAACUUGUAAUUUCUGAUCUGUUGAAUUGUAAUACAUAAAGUAUAUGAGCAGUUCUCCAUCCACAGAAAUAUUGUGAUCCACAAUAAAAGUUCUGGAGGAGAUUUA